AUGCGUUUCGCAGUCCUGCUCGGCGCAACUACAGCCCUGCUGGCAGAGGCAGGAGGUGCCCUACAAUCAGCAGAACACGACAAAGGCCAGCGUCUAGACUCCUUAGAUCAUAAUGGCCACCAGGGACGUGUCGGCAGGUGGGCUGCCGCCCUGCAUUCUCGACAUCUGCAAGGGCAGGCUGAUCACAACUAUAAUGGCACCAAUUCGACAGCUUUGGUAACGGAACCCACGCAUGUUGUGCCGCCGUCAGGGCCAGCCUACAAUGUUCCUUCGGUUCUUGAAGAGGACCCCAAUGUGACUGACUGCCCGGGUCAUGUCCUCGUAUCCACGACCACGCUUGAAGUCACUCAAUAUAUUACCGAAGGUGGUUCAGAAUACGCCAACACGAACACCCUGGGCUACGAGAAUCAUGCUUCGCAGACGAAAGUCGAGAACAAGACGCAGUAUCCUUAUCCAGAGCACACUGCACCUACAGUCCCUCCGUAUCAGCCACACAACGUCUCAACGACAACCACCACGUCACUAAAAUAUGACUAUGCCCCCUAUCCCGGAAACACCACCACCACAACUUUCUCUUCGAACAAUGCCACCUAUGUGCCUACGGCCACAGAAAAGACAGGCUUUGAACAUGCGAGUAGUUAUCCUUAUCCGGCGAAUAACACCCGUCCAUCCUCGAUGUACCACCUUGCCAACGUCUCGACCGCCACCACUGACCGCCAGUAUAAAACCGGUGGUAUCUACACAGAGCCUACCACUCUGGUUUCGCCACCUUAUCCCGCAGCCAAUGUCUCAACGACACGUCAAUCGACUCAUGAGUAUGGAACAGGUGCUCCCCAUUCGUACCCCGAAACUACGGGACACCCCAUCACCUUCUAUCACCCAGCCAAUGUCUCCACGACCCAGUCCUACAGCUCGAAGCCCUCCACGUCUCGCACUCCUGACGAGUAUGCCUCCAACGAGUACGCCCCCCAGGAGUAUGCUGCCAACGAGUAUGCUGCCAACGAGUAUGCUGCCAACGACAACUACUCGAGUAUUGUUUCUACGACAGAUUCCUCUGGGGUUGUGACGACGAGCGAAUCCACGAUGACGAGAAUGUCUUCUAGCACCGUCUUAACAUCCGAAACCGAAGCCACGACAAGCCCAUACAAGACACUUCCGGCCUAUGGAGCGGGCUACAAUGUGGCUGGCUACGAGGAUACGUACGACGACGCCACGACAACCGAAUCCCAGAGGUUCCCCGAAUCUUCCAAAGUCACCAGCGAACCAGAGACACUGAAACCAAGCUCCGCCUACAACCUCCCAUAUGGCCAGUCUACCGAAGUUGUGACCCUCAGCGAAUCGACUGUGCGCCUUGAGUCGUCUGGCCACGGCCACCUCAGCGAGACGCAGUCAACAGUCAACCCCUCGGAUCAAGCUUAUGCUAGCCAGUCCUCCGCAUCAAUGUCUUCCGAGUCCCACGUGGCGUCUGGAUCUUUCUACGCAGCCCUACAGCGCCACCAAUUAUUUCUCGACCUAUGCUGUAACGGAGCCAGCGUUAUGGAUGCCACCGACGGUUGCGAGUCUUACCGCUUCUAUCCGGAGCGUGAUCUCAACGUUGCCCGAUGCGACCUGUACGGUAGCAGCGUUGCCUACGCUCUCGAUUCCGUCGACGACUACUACCCCGACAUCUGGUUCGACAUUGAGUGCGGCUCCCCCAGGUCCAGCCGGUGGGCUCAUCUCCCUGGUAUUGAGAGGCUUGAGUCGCUCGGCCUUGAGUAG